AUGGACGUGCCAGUAGCCGCGAACGUACUAGGUACACUCGGCGCAGUGUGUUGGUCCGUUCAGUUGGUUCCCCAGAUCGUUAUCAACUAUCACAGACAUAAUGCUACCGGACUCCAGCCAACUAUGAUGAUGCUUUGGGCAUGGGCUGGAGUCCCACUUGGAGUUUAUAACAUUGCAGAAGGGUACAACAUUGCGCUACGGAUUCAGCCUCAGAUCCUUACCAUCCUGAGCCUAGUAACUUGGAUCCAGUGCUACUACUACGAGAAGAAUUGGUCAGUUGUCCGCUCCCUCGCUGUUGUCAUCCCGGUGGCUUGUCUGAUGGGGGGCAUUCAAGCUGGCCUCAUUUUUGCUAUUGAACAUGCGAAGGCCGAGGGUCUUCACUGGCCCAGUAUCCUUAUGGCAGUUGCUUCAGCUACUCUACUUGCUGCUGGUGUCAUGAGACACUACUGGGACAUCUACGUCCAUCGUACUGUCAGGGGUAUUUCCUUCAUAUUCGUGGGCAUCGAUGCCCUAGGCGACCUCUUCUCCUUGGUGUCAGUCGUCUUCCAGCCAAGGCUUGAUAUUCUGGGCCUGGUCAUCUAUGGCUCCGAACUGGUGCUUUGGGUCGGAAUUUUCGUUUGCGGAGCUUACUACAACCUCCCGACUUGGUACGCUGCAAAGAAAAAAGAGGAAAGAAGCAACCCGGGCGUGAGUGAGUCUGAUGGAGGGGUGGUAGUCGCAUCUGGCAUUGCGCUCCACGACCUGCCCUCCAGCACCUCUGUAUUCAGGACGCCAUCGGGUGAAAUUGAAGCUGUUCGGCAGCGCAGUAGCACGAAUAUCGCAGUAAUACCAACAAGACCAAACAGUCAGAUUGAUUGUAAUUCAACCCCGGCUCCUGACUUUGAUUCCACCAUGAUGUCCAAUACUACAACCAAAGUCACCUCCUUGGAUUCGCAAUCCGAUGGCGCGUCAGUACCACACCCGACGCCGGCAACUGAACCUAUAGGUAGUCCUUACGAGCCUGUCGACCCUCCUCCGGAGAUGGACUACACGGCUGUCGCCAAGAUCCUUGCUCCUAUCCAGGAAUCACUCAACGAGGCCGCCAUGGAGGCAGCUUUCCCAUCCCCACCCAUCAACACACCUGUAUACGGCUCUCCGGCUCCAUCCGUAGCGUAUCGUUACCCAUUGACCCGGGGUCGCGGCUUCAGUUUGAUUGGCGAUAGACUCGUGCAGCUGAAGCUCAAUGACCGCAAGCUCCGCAACCGCGAAGGAGACGUGGGCUCGAGCAUCUACUCGCCCGAAGCAUCCGUCGCCGAGGAUGAAGAAGCCGAUAUUGCGAGUAUCUCCGAGGUUCUGAGUGACAGUGGUAGGGACAAGCAAGGUUCCGGGCAAAUUCGUAAGAACCCUGGUUCCAUCGAUAUGAAUGAGGACUCAGUACCUAUUGCUCUAGGCUCCCCUGCCGUGAACCCGCGCAUCGUCGAGUACCUGACUUUCACCUCUGAUGAUCUGCCCACGAAUUCGGUCGCCCCUUGCUUUCCCUCUACGCUCAUGAAGACGAGCACCGGGUCCCUCAAGACUGUUAUUGAAGGAAGCGACCAGGCUAGCGAAAAGAGCAAUGGUGUCACUGAAAAGAGCAACUGGGCUGAAGAGGUCGAAGAGGCUGUCGAUCGCACUUGUCUCCGCCUUGAGCAGCUAGCUGAUGACGAAUGGAAGAAGGACAGCAGUAAGACCUUCGCCGAAUACUAUGUCGCUCGCCUCGAGCGCCUGCUCGGCAGCAACAAGCGGAUCGUUCCUGUCAGCAUCAGGAAGAGCCAGGAUGCAAGUGAGUAG